AUGGUCCAGGCCAUUCUCCGAAUUAUUAAUGCCCCGAAACAGUCUGAAAGUCAUUUGGAUAUGCUUGCUGAUAAUACUGUUGUCUCGGCGUUUCCGGGAGUGAAGACUGAUCUGCGGAUUGAGGCUGGUACGACUCAGAUCAAGGAGAGAAGUCCCAGUCUUCCUUGGUGGUCAAGGAGUGGCGGAGAAGACCCCGAGAAGACUGAGGGGCCCACAUCACCUCCUCUUGCCACACGGGUGACCUCUGUCCCUGACCAGUGUCCUCAUGCCUCGGGGGAAGAAGAGAACCUCAGGGAGCCGCAGCAGCCACUGGCCUUCCCAAGCCAAAAAUCGCAUGGCCAAGUUUUGACACCAGUGCCGAGAGCCGCAGCGAAGAAAAGUGCAGAUGCCUCCCAGGCAGAGUCGGGGUCUGAGGGUUUCCGCAGAAGCCCUCUAGACCAGAAGGCGAUGCUGCUGGCGCAAUUCAUGCUGCGCAAGUAUAACAUGAAGGAGCCCAUCACCAAGGAAGACAUGAUGAAGCAUGUCAUCAGGAAGCACAGGCCCUACUUCCAGGAGAUCCUCAAGAGAGCCUCCGAGCUGAUGGUGCUGGCCUUUGGCAUUGAUGUGAAGGAAGCCGACCCUGCCGGGCACAGCUAUGUCCUGGUCAGCAAAUUGCACCACGCCGGGGAUAGCAAGCUGAGUGGGGAGAUCGUGCCCAGGAAGGGCCUCCUGAUGACAAUCCUCUGUGUGAUCUUCAUGAAGGGCAACUGUGCCACUGAGGAAGAGAUCUGGGAUGUCCUCAAUGCGAUGGGUAUACAUGCUGGCAAGCAGCACAACCUCCACGGGGAGCCCAUGAAGCUCAUCACAGAAGAUCUGGUGAAAGAAGGUUACCUGGUGUACCGCCAGGUGCCCCACAGUGAUCCUCCAAGCCACGAGUUCCUGUGGGGCCCGCAAGCCUACGCUGAGACCAGCAAGAUGGAAGUGCUGCAGUUCUUAGCCAAGCUUCAUGGUACCGAGCCCAGCGCCUUCCCACACUGGUACGAAGAGGCCCUGCAGGAUGAGCUGGAGAGAACCCGCCACAGAUUCGCGGCUAUGGUUCGCACUAGCUCCUCUGCCACUGAGCUUUCCAGCGCCAGCUUCAGCAUCCCACACAAGUAUUGAAAUCUGAAGCAGUUCCCUCACUCUGUGCUUGAAGUGGUGUGGGGGGUUAGGUGGUGCUGGAGGGAACGCAGUGCACAUCAUAUCUGUGCUUCUGUUCUGUUAUUAAACUAUUGCUUUAUCUUA